UAGGAAACGACAUUCGCAGUUUGAAGUGGGUAAUCCUAAACAUGGGUUAAAUCAUUCGUUCAAGGAUGACAACAGAUGCAAGAAACGACCAAGUGUUGCGCUGCCCGAGUUGUAGUCGAUGUCAGGAGCCCAUGGGGCGGUGCGUGAGCUGUAACCGGUUCCUUCCCACAACAGCCUCCCCCAGAGAGCCGAAAGCCUGUAUGACAUGCACUCUUUGUGAUUGUGCCGAGGUGGGCUGUUUCGGUCGAAAGAAACAUGAAAGGCGGCAUCUCAUCAGGUCUCACGGUGAGAUGGUGGCGGCCAUGUCUAACGUCUCCCACGUCAACGCCACGUUACUGGAUCGCGUCAGCAGCGCUGAGGAGAAGGCACGGGAACUGGAGAAUAAGUUUGCUCACAUGGAGAUGGAAGUGGCUAGGAAAGAAGGUUUGUGUCGAUCCACGGAAGCCACUGUUGAAAGUUGCCGGAAGGAAAACGCUAAAUUGCGUGAGGAGCUCUACAUGUUACGUCAGCAGAAGGAUGACGUCACGGAGGAGAACAAUCGAAUGAAGCAUUCCAUUCAGGAACUGAAAGAGUUGUCCUUCAACGCCCAGGCUGAGCUCAGCAAUGUCAGGGCCGCUUUGGGGAAGACAAGCAAUUGCUUGGAAACGACAAGUAGGAACAGAGAUGUUCUGUCGUCAGAGAAACAAAGUCUAGUGUCCCAAAUCAGCCGAAUCCAACACGAGCUGGAGGUGGCGCUGAAGAAAAAACACGAAUUGUCAGACAUUGUUGAUAAUCACGCGGAUGAACGUGAGAAGUUGGAGGCGGAGCUGAAAAAGCUGCGAACAAGCUUGGCGGAAGUGAUCGAUGAGAAGGACAGGAACGAAAAAGAGGCUCGAUGUAACACUAACUUCCUUCAGCGAGAACUCUGCAAACUGGCCGAAAGGUUCAAGAGACGUCAAAGGUUGAUUGAGAGGCUUACAGCGGACAAGGAAAACCUGAUGGACUCCCUUCGUCAGAGGACCUCAAUGUUCGAUACAAUGCACACCAGCUGUCACCGACAUGUUGGUUCACAGUGCGGGGUGCCAGAAACAUGUGGACAAAUCAAAGUUUCAACUUGCGACGAAAAUCUGAACACAAAGAUCUUGGAUCUCCAGUUACAACUUGACCGUAAGGAGGGGCUUAUCAGAGCACUUGAGGACAGAGUCCUCCAACACGAACCGGACUUCUCCAUCAACACGGACGAGGAAACGUUUUUGUAUAGGGACGAUCUCAGGGGAGACCAUUCCCCGACCACAUCACGGCCUGCUAAGGUCCCCAGCACCUCCACGCCACUCCGCAACUUUCACCUCCAGGCCCCCGAUAAAGCCAGUUUGAAAGACUCAUUUGUCGAUUCCGGUAUGGAUUCCGUGAAAAUGAAACUAGAGGACAUCUCAACUAGUCCUGUAAUGAGCUUACCUACAAAGAACACCCGAGGAAAGUCUUAAAAGAAUAUAGUUACACACAAAAAAACGCUAGGAUUCAAGAAUUGA